GCUGUCUCCUUUUUGUAGCAACAGCCGCCACUCACUCUCAAAACCCCUGCUUUCUUUCUCGCAAACUCAGCCUUCUACUCUUCAUCUCAUAUACACGUCCCUUAACCCUUUUCAGCCUCCUUUCGUAUCAGGUAUACUCACCAGAGUAUUGAAAAAGAGAAAAGUGAGAAGAGAUGGCUUUUGCUGCAAUGAAACCGGUCAAGCCGGGGUUGGAAGAACCUCAGGAGCAGAUUCACAAGAUCAGAAUCACCCUAUCCUCCAAGAAUGUGAAAAAUCUUGAGAAAGUUUGUGCGGACCUAGUUCGAGGUGCCAAGGAUAAGAGAUUGCGGGUUAAGGGACCGGUGAGGAUGCCAACCAAGGUUCUUCAUAUAACCACCCGGAAAUCCCCUUGUGGUGAAGGAACCAACACGUGGGACAGGUUUGAGCUUCGUGUUCACAAGCGUGUGAUCGACCUAUUCAGUUCACCAGAUGUGGUUAAGCAGAUAACCUCCAUAACAAUUGAACCUGGUGUUGAGGUGGAGGUUACAAUUGCAGAUUCUUGAAUGCUCCUUCUCUUUGACUCGACCUGGCAUCCUUAGAAAUUAGAUGAAGGUCUGGAUGUGCGCUUAAACAGACAAUUUUUGACACUAGGAUAAUGAGAUAUGUUUUUUUUUCCCCUGCAAAAUUCAAUUUUUAGACUUAUAAAAAUUCAGUAUUACUGAGUCGAGAACUUCUCCUGUUUUGAUUGCAUUAGCAGAAUCUUCACAGUUUGUGGAUUACCUUCAUGAAAA